CGUAGGCAACUGAUGUAUAUUCAGGUAUAGUUAACGCGAGAAAUAGCUUCUAACCUCAAUCAGUCACUUUAUGUAUAUUCCCGCCAAAACGAUUUGUUUGAGUUAGUUUAUAGUAUCGUUUAGUUUAAUUUCAUUAAACAAAUAUGGAAGGUUUUGAUGAUCCAGGAACGUAUUACAGUUCAAAUUUUGCCCAAGAAGAUACUCCCAAUGAUCAGAUCAAUUUACAAGCGAUUAAAAAGCAAUUUAAAGAAUUUAUUCGCCAGUACCAUACAGACAAUUUUAACUACAAAUACAGGGAUAAUUUAAAAAGGAAUUAUAAUUUACGACAAUAUUAUCUAGAGGUGAAUAUUGAAGAUGUUGGUAGCUUUGAUGAAAAUCUGGCUGAUAAAUUAUACAAACAACCUACAGAUCAUCUUAUGCUCUUUGAAGAAGCCGCUAAAGAAGUAGCAGAUGAAUUAACAGCGCCUAGACCUGAAGGUGAAGAAAAAGUUGAGGAUAUUCAAAUUAUGCUAUCAUCUGAUGCAAAUCCUUCAGACCUAAGAUCUUUGAGGUCAGAAGUAGUAUCCAGAUUAGCAAAAAUUCCUGGAAUUGUGAUUAGUGCAUCGGGUAUUAAAGCUAAAGCAACAAAAAUAUCCAUCCAAUGCCGAACAUGCAGUGAUAUUAUUCCAAACUUGCCUGUAAAACCAGGACUUGAAGGAUAUCUUUUGCCCAGAAAAUGCAAUACGGAACAAGCCGGUAGACCAAAAUGUCCUAUGGACCCUUAUUUCAUUAUGCCAGAUAAGUGUCAUUGUGUAGACUUUCAAAUUUUGAAAUUACAAGAGCUUCCAGAUGGUAUCCCACAGGGAGAAAUUCCAAGACAUAUUACUAUGUACUGUGACAGAUACUUAUGUGAGAGGGUUGUGCCUGGUAAUAGAGUUCAAGUCUUAGGCAUAUUUUGUAUUAAAAAAAUUAACAGAGCUUCCAGAAAAGAAGGAAGAGAAAAGGCUUUAACUGGUGUUCGGACUUCAUACAUGAGAGUUGUUGGUAUCCAACUUGACAGUGAAGGCUUAGGAUCAUCUGCAUGUUCUAUAAUAUCAUCUGAAGAAGAAAAUACUUUCAGAAGAUUAUCAGCCCUUCCUAAUAUUUAUGAUAAAAUAGCGACCAGUAUUGCUCCUUCUAUAUAUGGAUUUGAAGAUAUCAAAAGAGCAAUUGCUUGCCUCCUUUUUGGUGGUUCUAGGAAACGACUACCUGAUGGCUUAACAAGAAGAGGAGAUAUCAAUAUUUUAUUACUUGGUGAUCCAGGAACUGCAAAAUCCCAAUUGUUGAAAUUUGUGGAAAAAGUUUCUCCGAUUGCCGUUUAUACCUCUGGAAAGGGAAGUUCAGCAGCUGGUUUAACUGCUUCUGUUAUGAGAGAUCCAGCUACAAGAAAUUUUGUAAUGGAAGGUGGAGCUAUGGUUUUAGCAGAUGGGGGAGUUGUUUGUAUUGAUGAAUUUGAUAAAAUGAGAGAAGAUGACAGAGUUGCAAUUCAUGAAGCUAUGGAACAACAAACAAUAUCUAUUGCCAAAGCAGGAAUUACAACCACUUUGAAUUCUAGAUGCUCUGUACUUGCUGCAGCAAAUAGUAUUUUUGGAAGAUGGGAUGAAACAAAGGGUGAAGAAAAUAUAGAUUUCCUGCCAACUAUACUCUCUCGUUUUGAUAUGAUUUUCAUUGUUAAAGAUGAACAUGAUAAGAAGAGGGAUAUGACACUUGCAAAACAUAUUAUGGGAGUUCAUAUGAAUGCGGGAGAAACAGCAAAGGAUUCCAAAGAUGGAGAAUUAUCAUUAGAGUUUAUUAAAAAGUACAUAAACUAUUGUCGGAGACAUUGUGGACCCAGAUUAAACCAUGAUGCUGCGGAAAAACUAAAAAGACGUUACGUCAUGAUGCGCACUGGAACUAAUCAACAUGACAAAGAAUGUGAUAAAAAAAGUUCAAUACCUAUUACUGUCAGACAGUUAGAAGCUGUAAUUCGAAUAUCUGAAAGCUUGGCAAAAAUGCAACUACAACCGUUUGCUACUGAAACCCAUGUGGAUGAAGCUCUGAGAUUGUUCAAAGUCUCAACUUUGGAUGCUGCUAUGAGUGGAAACCUUAGUGGUGCAGAAGGCUUUAUAACAGAAGAAGACCAUGAAAUGUUGGUUCGUGUAGAAAAGCAACUCAAACGAAGAUUUGCAAUAGGUACACAAGUGUCCCAGUCAGUUAUAGUACAAGAUUUUGUCCAGCAACAAUAUCCAGAAGGAGCCAUACUUAAAGUUAUACAAGCAAUGAUUAGAAGAGGUCAAUUACAACAUCGUAUGCAAAGGAAAUUACUGUAUCGAAUAAGUUAAAUUGUGCUUGAAAUAGUUUCAAGAGCUUUCCGAUCUAUGGAAAUAUCUUUUUAAUAAUUGAGAUCUUUCAAACUUUCAAUAAUUUGUUAUCUUUUUAUACAUUAUAAGUAUUUAAAAACCAAGUUUGUGCUCAAUUUAAAAGAUCGCCUAUCAGCUACAUCAGCCCCUGAUUUUAAAACUAUUAAUUCUCAAUAUCUUAAAAAACCACUGCAGGGAUGAGAAAAACAGAAAUACAACCCUUCAAUUUUUUCGAAUGUCACAUUAUAUCCAGCGAAUAUCUAAAUGUUCAAUAGAAUUUAUAGAAUUUUCUUUCUCAAGAUAAGAGUAUCUGGAUUUUUUUUUCUAAAUAUAUAGAAUAACACUGUUUAAAGCAAAUAUUGUAUAUAAUCGAUAAAAUAUAGAAUCAACAAUAGGAUAGUAUUUCAAUAAAGAUUUGUAGUUUGAGUAAAGAGCACUACAGAUAUUUUGAAAAGUUAGCUUUCAAUUUAUUUUUUAUUUAUUUGUUGUAUAUGUUACAGUUAAAACGCAUUUUUCGUUAGUAACUAAAACUAGUACUAGAAAAACGAAUUUGGAAUUUAAAACAAGAUAUAGUUUUAAAUAUAUUUAUUGAAAAGAUCUAAGACACUGAAAACCAAAUAAUCUAACACUAAAGGAACAUAAACUGGACUCAUUCUCCAAUGAAUUUCCACUGCACUGUUCCCUUGUACCUUUAAAAAACAAAUAACUGCUCGAAAUUCACACAUGGAGUGAGAAUCCAUGUGACUGCAACUCAAUGGAAAAUGAUCUGUUGCAAUCAUUACUGACAGAACGUUUGAGCAGGAAAGACGCGCAGUCGCCUACUACGCACACCAAUCACCUGCUGCAAUCCUGCUCAUCAUACUGUGCGAUUGUAGAUUGAAAAAAAAAGCAACCUUCGUAUUAUCAAGUUGAACACAAUGUGAUUGAAUACAGUUCUAUAUGAUACAUCAAAUUUUCCCAAUAAUAAAAUAGAAGCUUUUACUCAAAACACAAGGAAUAUUUUUGAAACAAUGUAUUACAACAUUGAUCUACAUUUAAAAGAAAAUAAUUUAUAUAUGGAUUAUUUAUUUAAAAGGAUAUUCAGGAUGUUUUUCCACUCCUUUGAAAAAUAGAAAAUUGAAUAUCCUUCCAGAUUCUUCUCGAUCUAAAUCAUCCAAUUGUUGCAUAUCUUCUUCACUUAAAUUGAAAUCGAAUAAAUCAAUAU